GUUGACGACUGAGUGUCCGUUUGUCUGGGAAACGAAGUGAGGUCCUCGAGAGUUUGUUUACGUUGGAAAGAUAAAACGGUCGGCGCAAGAUAUCAGCUUCGGGUUUUGUUUUAUAUAGUUUAACUGCUUGCUUCGGACAAUGGCAUCAAGUUUUAGGAAAACUGGCAUUGGAUCAUCACAACGCAAAAGGGCUGGGCCAAGACCUGAUCUAACAGAGGAACAAAAGCAAGAAAUUCGUGAGGCUUUUGAUUUGUUUGAUACUGAUGGUUCUGGAACUAUUGAUGUAAAGGAAAUCAAGGUUGCCAUGCGUGCAUUGGGAUUUGAACCUAAAAAAGAAGAAAUAAGAAAGAUGAUUUCAGAUAUUGACAAAGAAGGAUCUGGUAGCAUUGAUUUCAAUGACUUCUUAGCUAUGAUGACUCAGAAAAUGAGUGAGAAAGAUUCCAAAGAAGAGAUUUUGAAAGCAUUUCGGUUGUUUGAUGAUGAUGGCACUGGCAAAAUAUCAUUCAAGAACCUUAAGAGAGUUGCAAAAGAAUUGGGUGAAAAUCUAACUGAUGAGGAAUUGCAGGAAAUGAUUGAUGAAGCUGACCGUGAUGGUGAUGGUGAGAUAAAUGAACAAGAAUUUUUGCGGAUCAUGAAAAAAACAAGCCUCUAUUGAUUUUAUAUUGUUCUACAGUCUUAGAGUAGUACUAUUUGUGACUUGUUUUUAUUUAAGUAAUAAAGAAUGAAGAAAA